AUGACAUCUGUUGUGGUCUGGGAGCAUGACGAUUUAAAGACUACAAGCACAGAAAGAUCAGACAAGAUCAUAGUUUGCAGAAAAAUACAAUCCUCUAAUGGUAAUGGUAUUAAAAGUUUAAGCAGCAGACUUAGUGGCACUUUGGUUUGCUGUCAAGAUGGCACGGUCCAUUGUUGUACUCAUGAUUCUGAACAUCCAGCAGCUGAAAAGAUUUUGGAAAAUUUGGCACCUGUUAAAAAUGUACAGAAUCAGAAGGUGAUUCAGGUAGCUGCAGGUGACUCUCAUAAUGUGAUAUUAACUGAAGAUCAUAGUGUACACACUUGGGGAAGAAAUGAAUAUGGACAACUGGGGCGGGAGGCUUCUAGAAAAAAUAGAGGAAUCCCCAAAUUGGUCAAAUCUCUUGCGGGCUACUCGGUGGUACAGAUAUCUUGUGGGAGUGUUCACACAUUGGCAUUGUCAAAUGAUGGCCUUGUGUUUUCUUGGGGCUCUAACAGCUUUGGACAACUGGGUCUUGGGAAAAGCACUUCUCAUCAAAAUCUUCCCGAGGUAAUCUCAAGCCUCAAGGGAUUACCAGUGAUGCUGAUAACAGCCGGCAGCUAUCACAGUUUUCUACUCUCCAAGUCAGGAUCUGUCUAUGGAUGGGGCAGGAAUGACUGUGGCCAGCUAGGUCUGAACAAUACAGAAAACAGUGAUACACCAAAGAGGUGCAGAUUUUUCAACGAUAAAAAGGUGAAGUACAUCUGCUGUGGAGAGAGUCACACUGCUUGUUUGACUAAGGAUGGCUCUGUAUUUACAUUUGGGGCUGGCAGUCAGGGGCAGCUUGGUCAUUGCAGUAACAGUGAUGAAACUACACCAAAACAAGUGAAGCAGCUGUCUGGUUGUGAGGUUUCCCAGAUAGCUUGUGGCAGCAAUCACACCUUAGCCUAUGUGCCCAAGUCUGGCAGACUCCAUAUAUUUGGUUUUGGAGGGAUUGGACACUUUUCAGUGAUGGAGGAAGAAAAUGAGAACUGUCAUAUUACUUUGUCAGGCCUUUUUGUCGAAACCAGUGACAAUCAACCAUCAACGUUGUGUCUGCCAAUAGAAAACACAGAUCAACAACAUAGGAUAAAAACAAUACAUGCAGGGGGAAAUCAUUCUUUUAUUACUGUAGUGGCAGCAAAGCAAAAGUGUGAUUCUGAAGACUUCAGAAAUGAGGACCCAUCCAAACAGAUUCUCACUCUGUCACAGGAGACAGUCAGUAUGCUUUAUUCUUUGAGCCCAGAUGUGAUACCUCCAAAUAUAAUUGGAAAGAUCUUCUCAAGUGCCUCAUGUUUAAACAGCUCAUUUUUGUUACCUAAUGAUGAACAUUAUGAGAGCAGCGACGAGAAUCAUGGUGUCAACUUGCAUGCUGUUCGAGAGUUUUUCCAAAAACUUAAAGAAAAACAAAAUAUAAUGCAGUUGAUUCAUGAUCAAAUACAGAACAAUUUGAUUCCACAAUUGCCUUCUACACCACCUAGUGGUGAAGCCAUCCGUCUAUACCUCAUGUUACCUGAAUGUGAUUUGUUUGACAGACCUGAGUUUUACCAUUCCUUGAUAUGCCAGUUUGCCAAGAGUUUCCUGGACCUAGAUAAAAAAGCUAGAAAGAUAUUCACAUCUUGGUGCACAUGUAGCCAGGCAUCUUUUUUCAAAAAAUUGGUGGUGAUAUUCCAACAAUGUUCCCUUUAUCUGCUGCAGUUGCCUUAUUCCCCAAGAUCCACACAGGAUGUGAAAAGAAACAAAGACCUCCGGACAUGUUUGAAUAUGUUGAAGAUGUUGCACCAGGUGAAUGAAGCAAAAAAUAUACUACCUGCCAACACUUUUAUUAUGCCUGAAUUCAAAGACAAGGUGGAUGUUCAGAAAGAAUAUAUAAAUCUUCGUCGGUCACAGUCACCAGAACUGAACACAGAGGUGUUUAAACAGCUUCUGCAGCAACUGGUGUCAUUACUAAGCGAACACAGCAUUCAAGAG